AUGGGAGCAGUUGAUCAAGCCCUCACUCGCAUUGAGGCUAGGGGUGGAGCCCCACACACACCAGAAGACCAGAAACCUCCGGCAGUCAAGGCCACGCCCAGGCCCCUACCAAAAACCAACCCUCUUCCAGCGCCUAGUGCGCCCCUCAUUGCCUGGGCCAACCCCACCAAAGCUCCCCCUGCCUUUGCGCAGCCAACCCCAGUCCAAGCCCCCCCAAGAGGCUAUACUCCCCCUCCGCCUUUGCCUAUCCAACUCUGCUCCCCCCAAGUCCCACAACCAGUGGCCCCUGUAGCCGCUUAUCAAGCCCCCGUCAAGGUAGAUCACCCUGACGCCUAUACAGGGAAAAUAGGGAACAAAGCCCGCCAAUGGCUCACGCGGAUGUUGGCAUGGGUACGUCUAAACCAACGGAUGUUCCCCACGGAUCAGGAGGUCCUAUUGUUCCUCCUAAUGAACAUGAAGGACGUAGCAGGAGCCUGGGCUCACCCCCACCUCAAUCAACUUGGGUCUCACAGGGCCCUUAUCCAAACAGUCGACAAGUUCAGGACGGAGUUUUUGGCCGCAUUUGGGAACCCCAAUGCCACGCAAGCCGCAGAGCGGCAAAUCACACAACUCACUCAGACAGGAACCUGUGCUGAGUACAUCACAAAGUUUAGGACCAUUACCAUGGACCUAGACUGGAACGACGCCGCCCUCCGUGGGCAAUUUGCAUGUGGCCUCCACUGGGAGGUCAGCCGCCUCAUUGCCACCUGUGAGCGGCGCCCAACUACCCUCCUUGAGCUGCAGAACGCGGCUCUGGUCAUUGAUAACGCCCUCCAAGAGGAGCGCACCAGCCACCCACCAAAGGGUAAUAAGUCUGGUUCCUCUUCCACUACCCCCAACAGGGGGGCAAGUACUGGCCAACAGGCCACAAGACCAGGGCGCCUCUCCAGCGAUCCCAACUUUGUCUCCAAGGAGGAACAAAACUGCCGCAGGGCUGAAGGCCUAUGCAUCAAAUGCGGAAAGUUGGGGCAUAAGUUUGCAGAAUGUCGCACCGGCUGGAAAGCCACGCCUAAGGAGGAAGGCGUCAAAAAAGAAGCCGCCAAAGACCCCAAGGACUCUGGUUUUGUCUUGGAAUUUUGUAACAUAUUGCAAUCAUAUAGAAAUAAACCACUUUUUACAAUUCCAAUUAAACCAGAGAAACAAGCGGAAACCAUAGAAGUCCUGAUAGAUUCAGGCGCAACAUUGUCAUUCCUUCACCCCCGCACAGCGGAACUACUCCGCCUACCCCUAAUAGACCUCCCACAACCACGCACCGUUACUAUGCUUGAUGGGUCAAGCCCCCAGGCUGGAAAGAUUUGGAAGAAGGCUCAUCUGACCUUCCUAUUUGAUGGCAAACGCAUGACAGAGACCUUCCUGAUUUGCAAUACCAGAUCACACGCCGCCAUCCUAGGAAUCAAAUGGUUGGAAACGCAUAACCCCAAAAUUGACUGGAACUUGCAAUCCUUAUCCUUCCCCCACACCCCGCCGGAACACGUAGCCGUUGCCAAAGAAGAGGAAGCUGACAAGAACCCCCUUGAAGGAGUACCCUCCAAGUACCAUCAAUAUGCUAAGGUAUUUGGAGAGGAAGAAUUCAAUAAGCUUCCCCCUCACAGGAAUUACAAUAUUGGCAUUGAACUUACGGAAGAAGGCCCCUUGAACUUGCCCCUCUAUAGCAUGACUGACGCGGAAUCUGCCACGCUCAAGGAUUGGCUCAGGGACAAACUCAAGGCUGGGAAGAUCCGUCCCAGUAAAUCAUCCAUUAGUUCCCCCGUCAUGUUUGUACCUAAGAAGGAUGGCUCCUGCCGUUUGGUUGUUGAUAGCCCUAUUAUUCCUCUGCUGACAACCCAUGAUUACACCUGCUACCCCCCAAAUUUGGGCUUGGGCCAGCAUGCAACCACUUGUACUGGUCAUGUGACCGUGUCCAGGACAGUUGACUACCGUUGCCUUAACAACCGGACCAAGAAGAACGUAUACCCACUGCCCCGUCUUGAUGAUCUUAUGGCCCAACUCCAUGGCGCCAAAAUCUUCACUAAAUUAGAUCUGAGAUGGGGAUACAACAAUGUUUGUGUCAAAGAAGGCAAUGAAUGGAAAACCGCCUUCCGCACCAAGUACGGCCUGUAUGAGUCCCUGGUCAUGACAUUUGGCCUAACAAAUGCACCCGCUUCCUUCCAACACUUCAUGAACAAAUUGUUCAAAGACCUGCUUGAUGUAUGCGUCAUCAUUUACCUAGAUGACAUCCUGAUUUACUCCAAGGAUGACGCAACACACACGCAACACGUCCAUGAAGUCCUACGGUGCCUAAUGGAGAACCAGUUAUUUUGCAAGGCGUCCAAAUGCACAUUCCACGUCACCUCUGUGGAAUACCUAGGGAUCAUUGUAUUGGACAAAGGUUUCAGCCUGGAUAAGCUCAAAAUCCAGGCAGUACAGGAAUGGCCAACACCCACAAAAGUCAAAGAAGUCCAAUCAUUCCUAGGGUUUGCCAACUUCCUGCGAAGAUUUGUUGCCAACUGUAGUCACAUGGCCAGACCACUACACAAUCUGGUUAAAAAGGAUACAACGUGGAUUUGGGGCUCCAAGGAACAGGAAGCUUUUCAGGGUUUAAAGGAUGCCAUCACCAACGCCCCAGUACUUUGUCACGCGGACCCUACAAAACCGUACUUCUUGGAAACGGACGCAUCUGGCGCAGCCCUGGGUUCUAUACUCAGCCAACAACAGGAAGAUGGACAACUACACCCCCUGGGUUUCCUAUCAGAAUCAUUCAAAGGUGCCAAACAGAACUACAACACCCACAAUAAGGAACUCCUAGCAAUCAUCCGGUCAUUUGAGUACUGGCGCAUCUUCUUGGAAGGGACAGAACAUCCAAUCACGGUCUUCACAGAUCAUUGCAACCUAGAGUAUUGGAAGGAGUCCAGAACAUUCAACCAACGCCACGCACAAUGGCACCUUCUAUUAGCAGGUUACAACUUCCAUAUUGUCUAUUGCCCUGGGAAACAAUCAGGGAAGCCGGACGCACUCUCACGCCAAUCAGAUCAUGCUGAUAUCCCACCCGCCAAUCAGACCAUGCUUCCAGAUCCUGUAUUUGCCAAUGUAGCCUUAGUCACCCCUGAAAAGGAACUCCAACAACAGAUUGAGGCAGCUCUGGACCAAGAUGAGUCCUUGGAAGAAAUCCUGCAAUUCCUACAGAACGAGUCUAAAGCACCACCCUCUAUCAAACGCGCAUUCAAGGAUUACAAGAUGGAAGCAGGCCUGCUAUUCUACCAAGGACGGAUUGUAGUCCCUGACGUUGGAACACUAAGAACGGACCUACUCUGCAUCUUCCACAACAGCCCCUUGGCAGGACAUCCAGGAAGACAGCGCACCCUAGAGUUGAUAUCAAGGAACUACUACUGGCCAGGCAUCCGUUCUGACACAUACUGGCACGUUGAUUCCUGCAAAACUUGCCAACGGAUCCGGAAACUGAAGUACGCAUCCAUCCCACCUCAACCUCUGGAACUCCCAUCACGCCCCUGGCAACACGUGUCGUACAAUAUGAUAGUAGACCUGCCUAAAGACGGAAACAACAACUCUAUCCUAGUCAUUGUGGAUAGCUUUACCAAAUACAUCAUUCUGGUAGAGUGCUCCAAAAAGCUCAAAGCCCCGGAAUUGGCAGACCUAUUCCUACGCCACGUAUGGAAGCGCUACGGCAUGCCUGAGAAGACAGUAUCAGACCACGGACGGGUUUUUAAUAACAAAUUUCUAAAAGCCCUGUAUCAACGCCUGGGGAUAGACCCCCACUUCUCAUCAGCCUACCAUCCUCAAAGUGACGGACAGACGGAGCGCGUAAAUCCCAUGGUUGAACACUUCUUACAGGCCUAUUCAGGAGUAAACCAAAGGGACUGUGUCCUAAACGUCUACUGGGUCAAAUGGUUACCAAUGGCGGAGUUUGCCUACAACAACGCGGUGCAUAGUUCAACAGGCAAAUCUCCUUUUAAGGCACUAUACGGUUGGGAACCCUCCUUGACCCCAAGCAACGUCCCAACAGACGUCCCUGAGGCAGACAACUUGGCAACCCAAAUGGAGGCACAAUGGCGGGAAAUAGAGGCUGCGCUCCGGCAAUCAAAGACACGCAUGGUGGCCGGAGAAGCAGGAGAACCACUUGAAUUCAAAAUUGGGGAAGAAGCCUGGCUAGAUGCCAAAAAUGUGAAGCUAAAGACCCUGAGUCCUAAGCUAACCAAACAACGCCUAGGCCCCUUCAAGGUAACCAAAAGAAUCUCCAACCAAGCAUACCGCCUAGAACUCCCGCCAACAAUGAGAAUCCACAAUGUAUUCUACGUGGGACUCCUGUCAAAGGUCAAAAGGGACAAAAAGCGCAGCUUUGAGAACCGGCCUCCACCUGUCACCGUGGAUGGAGAAGAAGAAUACAAGGUUGAAGGAAUCACAGACAUGGAAGAAAGGGACGGGAAAUGGUUUUUUAGGGUAAAAUGGAAAGGCUACGGAUCAGAAGAGAAUACCUGGGAACCAAGGGAAAACCUCAAGAACGCCAAAAAAAUCCUAGAAAAAUUUGAAAAAGAAAUGAAAAAGAAGGCCCUCGGCGCUGCCAAGGCCCUUAGAGGGGGGCAGUGUCGACAGCAAGCCAACGUUGUGUCAGCCUGGCUGUAUGCUUUGGAUCUUGGUCGUGCUGGAAUGUAA